AUGGCGACCUAUAUCCCACCAGAGGAGCAAAAUGCUGUCGACAUGGCUUGGAUGAGGGAAGCUCUCAAUAUGGCAAAAGAAGCUCUGUCAAACGACGAAGUCCCUGUUGGCUGUGUCUUUGUCAAGGAUGGACAGGCUAUCGCUCGAGCGCGGAACAGAACCAAUGAAUGGAGGAAUGCCACCCUGCACGCUGAACUCGAGGCUAUCGACCACCUCCUCCCCAACAACCCCGCUCCUUUAUCGUCCAUCACUCUCUACGUUACCGUAGAACCUUGUGUCAUGUGUGCAUCAGCCCUUCGUCAAGUUGGUAUAGGAAGAGUGGUGUAUGGGUGCGGGAAUGAUAGAUUUGGAGGGUGUGGGAGUGUUAUUGGAGUGAACAGCUCUAGACCUAGAUUGGAUUCUCACCCUGCGUAUGUGGCAGAGGGAGGCUUUUACAGAGAAGAAGCUAUCAUGCUCUUACGGCGUUUCUACAUGUCCCAAAAUCCCAACGCUCCCAAACCCAAAAAGAAGGCUACCCGAGUCCUCAAAACCGAGAUCGCCCCCCCACCCUCGCGCGGCUCCACACCCCAACUCUCUCGUCCUUCUUCUACUGCACCUACACGCCGUUCAGGACUGGAGAGCUCUACGCCUGCUUUAUCGGAGGGCUCAGUUGAAGACCCAAAGGAGCAAGGAUCGGGGAAAAGUACGACUGUGGGGCUGCAGGGGCUGCCUAUAGGAGGUACAGUGGUUAGUACGCCUGAUCUGGGGGAAGGGGUCCGGCGACAGGUCUAG